AUGUCAGUUUCUUCCAGCGACCAGAAACCUGCUCACGUAGCUCUCCUCCCAAGUGCUGGCAUGGGUCACCUCACACCUUUCCUUAGACUUGCUGCUUUACUCUCGGUCCAAAAUGUCCAAGUCACUUUCAUCACUCCAUAUCCAACGGUCUCCCUGUCUGAAUCACAAGCAUUAUCUAGCUUAUUUGCUUCCUUCCCUCAAAUCACCAGAAAGCAGCUUCACCUCCUUCCACUUGAAAAGCUAAAUCCUACCAUUUCAGAUGACCCUUUUUAUUACCAUUUUGAUGUCAUUAGACAGUCUUCUCACCUUUUAUCCCCUCUGCUAUCUUCACUAUCUCCGCCUCUCUCGGCUUUUAUCACAGACAUGAGCUUGGCUUCCGUGGUUAUUCCCAUCACUGAAGCUAUUAACCUUCCUAAUUAUGUUCUUUUCACGACAUCUGCUAAAAUGAUGACAUUGUUCCUGUCCUACCACAUUACAGCUGGUUCAGGAAAGGAUGAUUUACAUGAGAUGGAUGUCAUCAAGUCAGGUCUGGAGAUGAUGCCCAAAUCAUGGAUUCCCCCACCACUUCUUGAAAAAAGCAACAAUUCCACAAAGAGCUAUUUCAUAGAGAACGGUAAGAAGAUGAUAGAAUCAAGUGGGAUUCUGGUUAAUACGUUUGAAAGUUUUGAGAAAGAAUCACUCAGAAAACUAAAUCAUGGUGAAGUUAUAGCCGGACUACCCUCAGUUAUUCCUAUCGGACCACUUGCAGCAUGUGAUUUUGAGAAGAGCAAACCAUUAGCAUGGCUUGAUGGUCAACCAGCUGGAUCAAUACUGUAUGUUAGCUUUGGAAGUAGGACUGCUCUGUCAAGAGAUCAAGUCAGAGAGCUGGGUGAAGGACUAGUUAGGAGUGGGAUCAGGUUUCUGUGGGUGGUGAAGGAUAAGAAAGUUGAUAGACAAGAUAACGAAGAGCUGGAAGAGGUAAUUGGACAUGGAUUGAUGGAGAAGGUAAAGGAAAAAGGACUGGUGGUGAAGAAUUGGUUAAACCAAGAGGGAAUAUUAGGCCACAAAGCAAUUGGUGGAUUUUUGAGUCAUUGUGGGUGGAAUUCAGUGAUGGAGGCGGUAUGGCAUGGAGUGCCAAUCUUAGCUUGGCCCCAGCAUGGAGACCAGAAAGUCAACGCAAAUGUUGUUGAGAGGAAUGGAAUGGGAAUCUGGGUGAAUAGUUGGGGGUGGGGUGGAGAGAUAGUAGUGACUGGGGCAGAAAUCGCAGGAAGGGUACAAGAAAUUAUGAGGAAUGAAUCAUUGAGAGGUCAGGCCAUGUUCAUCAGAGAAGAGGCUAGGAAAGCAGUGGGGGUUGGUGGGAGUUCUAACAAGGGGUUGACUGAACUCAUCGGCAUGUGGAAGAAGUUCUGA